UUUCCUGAGUGCUAAAAACCUAGCUAUCUUCCACCACACGACUUUCAACGCAUCGUCCUGCAAACAACACCACCUUCGCUAACGACGGCCUGAAUAUCAUCGCUGAGGACAUGAAACAGAUGUUCAAGGCACUCGAAGCACCUUCUCUGGAGGGAUCUUUCGGAGCUCCCACAUCAGAAUACGGGGAUUCAAGUGGCAACUCUCUUUCACGUUAUCUGCAGCAGCAUAUCGCACAUUUAUCCCAUGAUACAGGCUCCACAACAUCGGAUGCCCAGCUUCCCGAGCACCUAGACUUUGAUUGGGACCAACCGGUCGGAACGAACUUCAUCCAACACCACAACAUUCCUCCUGUCGUCAGCAAGAAACCCUUCGUCUAUCUUACGCAUCCAGGCCGGGGACUCGAAGGGACGGCGUACAUUCCAUGUAGUUUGGUCUCGACAAGUCGUCUCUUCGAUGUCGAAGCGGUGGAACGUGAUGGCGUACGCGCCUUAUUGCCCGAAGAGAUAUUUCCUCCCCCUGCAUCCACUUGUUUGCAACCCGUUGAUACAACCAUGUCCACUGGCCUCAGUUGGGAGUUCUCGGGCUCCAAUCUCUCAAGAGUACCUCGUGCUAUCAACGAAGCCUCCGCCCUGCUACUGCCUACCUAUGUCUCCGCCUUUGGGACCGGCAUGGACCUGGAUCGUGACUACGAACAUUUAUCUCAGGAGGAAGAGCCAGACUAUGAUUUGCCGACGUUCACAGUUUCCAAUGUCAUGUCUCCAACCAGAUGCCGAUCCGCCGCUGCCUGUCCCAUACGGUCUUUGCUGAAGAAAAAGCAAGUCAAUCACAAAAAGUCUUCCACCUCCCGAAAACAUUCGCUUCCUUCGAUAUCUAGGUCGCCACUGUACUCCCCUACCCACUCCGACAUCUCUCCAUAUAGCCUCCGAGAAAAACGACAUGUCACUGCGAAAAGGAAUGACAUCUUCCAAGAGUCGCUCUCCGCCAGCUUGCAACAACCCGACGAGCCUGGGGCCUCAUUGAAGAAGCAGCGCAAAGAGUGGACGACUUCUGGUCGCGCUUUGGAGAGUGAACUUGGGGGCAAACGGCAGCGAAUGACGCUCUUAGGAACGCAAUUGCUAAGCCAGCAACUUGGGGCAACGAAAUUAACUGUCUGA